AUAUUCCGUCCUUGCUCACAGCCCCCUCGCCCAAACCAAACCCCUCUCCCAAAAAAAAAAAACCGAUAAUAAUUUUACCCCUUGAAAAUUGCCCAGAAUAGAAGAAAGCUAGUAAUAAGUAGCACGGUAUACUACAAUUGUGAUUUUAGAAACAGUAAAGAUGGAUUUGUUACCGCCAGCAGAGGCAGCUUCACCAGACCUGAUGAAGAAACGGAAGAGUGGCUUUCGGUCCUUGAAACUAGUCGAGGUCGACAUGGACGCCGUUUUAGCGGAAGAGCCCUUCGGAGUAGACUAUGGCAGACUAGACAAUGGCCUGACUUACUAUGUCCGAUCCAAUCCAAAGCCUAGGAUGAGAGCUGCUCUUGCCCUCGCUGUCAAGGCCGGCUCAGUUUUGGAAGAGGAGGAAGAGCGUGGAGUUGCUCAUAUUGUUGAGCAUCUUGCUUUCAGUGCUACUACAAAUUACACGAAUCAUGAUAUCAUCAAAUUUCUUGAAAGCAUUGGGGCAGAAUUUGGUGCCUGUCAAAAUGCUGUCACAUCAGCUGAUGAGACUGUUUAUGAGCUGUUUGUUCCCAUUGACAAGCCUGGACUACUGUCUCAGGCUAUUUCGGUCUUGGCAGAAUUCAGUAUGGAGGUCCGCGUGUCAAUGGAAGAUCUGGAAAAAGAAAGAGGAGCUGUCAUGGAAGAGUAUAGGGGGAAUAGAAAUGCUAAUGGAAGGAUGCAGGAUGCCCAUUGGAUUCUUAUGAUGGAAGGUUCAAAGUAUGCUGAGCGCUUACCCAUUGGAUUGGAAAAGGUAAUACGUACAGUUUCACCUGAAACAGUGAAGGAGUUUUACAGAAAAUGGUACCACCCGCAAAACAUGUGCGUGAUUGCUGUUGGAGAUUUUCCUGAUACACAGGGUGUUGUUGACUUGAUAAAAGCUCAUUUUGGACACAAGUUUUCAGCUGCAGUCCCUCCAGUUAUGCCAUACUUCCCUGUUCCAUGUCAUGAAGAGCCACGCUUUUCAUGCUUUGUGGAAUCUGAAGCAGCUGGGUCAGCAGUGAUGAUUAGUUGCAAGAUGGCUGUUGAAGAGCUUAGAACUGUGAAGGAUUACCGAGAUUUGCUGGCAGAGUCCAUGUUUUUUCAUGCUUUAAACCAGAGAUUUUUUAAAUUAUCUCGUAAGAAGGAUCCACCAUAUUUUUCGUGCUCAGCUGCUGCAGAUGUCCUUGUUCAUCCCUGUAAGGCAUACAUAAUGACUUCAUCAUGUAAAGAGAAGGGGACCAUUGAGGCACUGAAAUCAAUGCUCACUGAGGUUGCUAGGGUUCGUAUGCAUGGGUUCUCUGAACGUGAGAUAACUGUUGUUCGUGCUUUGCUGAUGUCAGAGAUUGAAUCUGCAUAUCUGGAGCGAGAUCAGAUGCAAUCAACCAACUUGCGAGAUGAAUACUUGCAGCAUUUUCUUCGGAAUGAACCUGUUGUUGGAAUUGAGUAUGAGGCUCAACUUCACAAAACUCUUUUACCCUAUAUUACGGCAUCUGAUGUAUCCAGAUAUUCAGAGAACUUUAUGACAUCACAUAGCUGUGUCAUAAAGAUAAUUGAGCCUCAUGCAACAGCCACAGUGGAUGAUUUGAAAGCUGUUGUUCUGAAGAUCAAUUCCCUUGAGAAAGAAGGGGGUAUUUCUCCGUGGGAUGAUGAAUACAUUCCAGAAGAAAUUGUUAGUACAAAGCCAAAUCCAGGGUCCAUCAUGCAGCAGCUUGAAUAUUCCAAUAUUGCAGCAACUGAGUUAGUUUUAUCAAAUGGCAUGCGAGUUUGCUAUAAAUGCACUGACUUUUUUGACGACCAGGUUUUAUUCACAGGUUUCUCUUAUGGGGGCUUAUCUGAGCUUCCUGAAAGUGACUACUUCUCAUGUUCAAUGGGUCCAACAAUUGCUGGAGAGAUUGGUGUUUUUGGCUAUAGACCUUCAGUGCUUAUGGAUAUGCUUGCUGGGAAAAGAGCUGACGUUGGCACAAAGCUUGGUGCAUAUAUGAGAACCUUUUCUGGUGAUUGUUCACCUUCAGACUUGGAAACUGCCUUGCAGCUUGUAUAUCAACUUUUUACAACAAACCUGGAACCAGGAGAAGAAGAUGUUAAUAUUGUGAUGCAAAUGGCAGAAGAAGCAGUGCGUGCUCAAGAAAGAGACCCUUAUACUGCAUUUGCAAAUCGUGUCAGGGAACUCAAUUAUGGGAACUCUUAUUUCUUCAGACCAAUAAGAAUCAGUGACCUUCGAAAAGUUGAUCCAUUUAAAGCAUGUCAAUUUUUUAACAAUUGCUUCAAGGAUCCAUCUACUUUUACUGUGGUGAUUGUUGGGAAUAUUGAGCCUGCUAUCGCAUUGCCACUGAUAUUGCUGUAUUUGGGAGGGAUACCUAGGCCUCUUGAGCACAUUUUAAGUUUCCACCGCGACGAACUCAAAGGCUUGCCAUUCACUUUCCCUUCAACCAUAAUUAGAGAAGCUGUUCACAGCCCUAUGGUUGAAGCACAGUGUUUGGUCCAGCUAUGCUUUCCUGUUGAGCUAAAGAAUGAAAAUAUGAUGGAAGAUGCCCACCUCGUUGGCUUUCUGAGCAAGCUUCUGGAAACCAAGAUAUUACAAGUCCUCCGCUUUAAGCAUGGACAGAUUUACUCUGUCGGCGUUUCUGUCUUCCUUGGUGGCAAUAAACCCUCAAGAGUUGGUAAUGUUCGUGGGGACAUUAGUAUCAAUUUCUCUUGUGAUCCAGACAUCUCAUCUGCAUUGGUGGAUCUUGCUUUGGCUGAGAUACUUCGUCUUCAAGAUGAAGGCCCUUCAGAUGAUGAUGUCUUAAGCAUUCUUGAAAUUGAACAAAGGGCUCAUGAAAAUGGAUUGCAGGAGAAUUUCUACUGGCUGGAUAGGAUUUUGCGUAGCUACCAGUCAAGGAUAUAUUGUGGUGAUGUUGGUGCUUCUUUUCAGGUUCAAGAUGAGGGACGUUCCAAAGUAAGAAACUCAUUGAGACCAUCAACAGCACAGCUAGCUCUGCAGAGAAUUUUACCUUUUCCUUGCAUCAAGCAAUACACGGUUGUAAUUCUAAUGCCUCAGGCAUCUCGUUGGAAAAGGUUAAAGUCAUUUAUCAGAUCUGGCAGAAAACACUAUGGUAGGGAUGCAAAGUUUUUGGCUGGCAUUGCUGGCUUGGCAGUUUUGGGUCUAAGUUUAUGGAGGUACUCACGAAGUACACUGAGAUCAUAGCGAAAGUUGUUCUCCUCUUCCCAACCAGAUUACAAUGUCGUCGUCAGACUUAUAGUGGACUAUGAGUCGGCAUGCUUGUUCACAUAAGGUGGAUGGCACAUUCAACAAACAAGAAAUAAUCCUUGAAGAAUUGGACUAGUCUUCAGGUGGAGGAGCACUUCAAAUUCUUUUGGAGAUGAUUGAAGCUUGGACUUUCAGUUUAUACUGCAUAUAUAAGUUGAUAUACUAGAAUAUUAGUAGACAACAUUUAUGAGACACGUGGAGGUGAUCAAUAAACCUGGGAAGUGAGUGCACCGUCAACAUUAUUAGGCCUGAUCAGAAUACAAGGUAGGAUAGCAGCUGUGUGCAAUGUAUCAUAGAGAUUGCCUGGUCCGUAAAGAUCAGGGAUGUUAGUUAAUGUACUAUUUUGGAUAUUCUAUGAAUUCGAAUGUGUACAAUGCUUCACUGUUAUUGAUGGGGUUUUGAACAGAUUUAACAUGGAAAGUUGGCGUGCUCACAGAUUGUGCGAGCGAGAGAGACUUCAUCAUCAUCAUCACUGUAAUGCGAAUGACGAUUCUUACAGGAAUAAAAUUGCUUGAGCACUCACUAUUUCUGCUUCA